AUGGAAAAUUUAUCAAACGACGUCCUACUCUAUAUAAUAGUGAUAUUGGCAUCCACAAGUGUGCAAGACCUAUUCAAUAUUAUGUUUGUUUGCAAAUAUUUGAAAUCGGUUGCGGAGGAUACCUUCGUGUACAAGAAUGUUUCUUUGAACAAAGUUUCACUAGUCCCUUGGGAAACCAGUGAAAGGAAAGAGCGUUUUCUAAAUAGGGUAUGCCUUAGUCUCAACACCAAGUACCAUUUUCGCAUUGGUUGUCAAGAAAUAUUUUGCCCUAUACCAAAUAUUUUAGCUGCAACCAAACAUUUGACAAUUGCAACAUCACAAGGACAUUGUGCAGCAACCUAUGCAUUGGCAUUGCUAAUGGUGUUCAAAGAGGAUGGAAGCACCUUCGAUGAAGGCACUCAUUUGUUGACCGAGUUAUGGAACAAACAAUGUCUUUUAGAAUGCAGGAAGCUAGUCCAUGACAUAGAGAGUAGAGGAUGGAUAACAACUCCAAGGUCAUGGCCAACAAACUUUAAGUUCAAUUUGAUUUGCAAAUCAAAUGGUACUUGCAAAGAAGUCACAUUGCGUAAAGGUGUCUGGGUCGUAUUUUCUGAAGAUGACUUUUGUACUGAAGACAUUUGCAUUAGUUGCCGUCUUGACAUUGAAAUCCGGUCGUUCAAAGCAAAAUGUGGUUUUCAUUGA